AUGACAGCGAGGGAGUGGGUCCAGUGGGAGGAGGAGAUCUUGCUGGAGGACGAUGAUGAGCACCACAAGGAGUGCUUCUACCUCCGCUGCGCCCCACCCCAGGGCGGCGGUGUGAGUGAGAGGGAUCUGGCGGUGGUAGGUAAGUAUUGGCCGUUGCCCGCCGGGAACAUAGUGUACUCGGCGGAUGCGCAGUUGCUGCGGUCCCUCGAGGAGGCGAUUAUCUGUGGGUCAGUGUCGGCUAGGGCGGUCACGGUGGCGGCGGAGAUCACCCAGCUCCGGUGGAAGUCCAGGAAGCAGGUCAUGGACUGGCUCGACUCGCUCAUCUCAGAUCCUCCGUAUGGAGCCUUCGGAUUGGCUUCUCCGGGUGACCAUGACGAUGGUGGUAGCCCUGCAUCUAGCCAGAAGGCGGCCGCCGCAGCACCCGCAGAACUUGCUGCGCCAAGCCCAGUACUGCAAACUCCGGGGAAAGGUGACCAUGAAUCUGCAAAAUCUGCUCCUCCACGGAAGAGAUCCUUCGCCCUGCUGAGUGAUUCUUCCGAGGAAAACAGACUGCAGGUUAGAAAGAACAAGGGCCCUGAUGAACCUGCAAAACCAGUUGCAGAGAAGCUAAGCCUGCAGCAACGCGGUGAGGAGGAGGGAGAUAGAAUCUCCUGUGGUGGCAGCUCAAAUGAUGCCAAGAGGUACCGAGUUGGUCUUACAAAUUUUAUCAGGGUGAGCCUGAAGUGGGUUGAACGUAAGGCUAGAAGCAUACUGGGGUUUUCAGACGGCAGCAGCCAGGAAGGCAUCAAUGACUCUGCCUCCAGUGGAGGGGCUGGCCCGGUGAAUUCAGUGUCUCUGGAAGAGACAUGCACAGCCGAUGAAGAGGCUCCUGUUCCUAUCCCCCCUAUCGACGAACAGCAACUGGUCGACCUGACCAUGUAUGACUAA